CCCCAGACGGCCUUCCCACUUAGGAAAUGCUAUGCAACAAUGGUGACUUUAUACCAAUUUAGAUGAUUUAUUUUACUGCUCUUAAUAGUUGACGACGUUGAAUGUAGCAAUGUUCAAGCGUCUGAGAACUUUUGUCGUCACUGUCUUCCUCAUUGUGGUCUGCGGGCUUGAUGAAAAAAGUUAUUACAAAACCUCUGAUGGCUUGAAAUGUCUGAAAUGCCGCCCUGGAUCCUACGUUCAGAAAGACUGCACAUCUGGUGCACCACACUCAACAAACUGCAAAGCCUGUCCGGAUGGAAGAUUUUCUCCGGAGUGGAAUAACGUGAUUAGGUGCAAAGAGUGCAGCAGUUGUAACAGCCAUGUCAAUGAAGUGGAAGUGCUGUCUUGUAACAAGACCCAUGACAUCAAGUGCGGAUGCUUGCCAGGACAUUUUCAUAAAAAUGCCGAUGAUCUUUCCUCUUCGAAGUGCAUUCCCUACCAGAGGUGUUCCAAAGGAAUGGGUGUCAAUCUACCAGUGCCACCUGAGAGUGAUGUGACUUGUGGGUAUUGUGUUGAGGGGAGCACCUUUUCAGAUGUCGAGUCAUACAACUCUCCAUGUCAGAAAUGUAAGGACUGUAGAGCGGAUGGUUGGAAUGUCACAUCCGAAUGUACAGUCAAAUCAGAUACUGUCUGUGAUAAACCAACAACCGUACCGCCAACUACGCCAUCUUCAUCUUCAACUGCCAUUACUCCUGGUGAAGAGAACAAUAACAAGCUUGGACCUGGAGGCAUUAUUGGAAUUGUUUUACUCGUACUGGUUAUACUGGUUCUAUGUACAAUCGCCGUGUGGUAUUACUGCAGAAAAACACGUCGUCAAGCUGAAUCUGCAGAAGCUGGCAACAAUGCUAUUGCACUGCGUAAUCUGGGGGCCAAUCAAGACAAUGGUGUGAACCCGAAUCAUGAACAAUAUCAUCCAGUUCCACAAUUAAGACCUGAGCAGGACAAUCGCCCACACGAUAUUUUUAUAUGGAUCUGUGAAUACCUGGGAAGUAGUUACAAAAGUUUCAUCAAGAUAUUACCAGGAGCUGAGCUAUUGACUCGUAGUGAUUGGGAUCAACCACGCUAUGAACGUAUGGAUCUGAAGGACACCAUUAUUUACUUGUUAGAGAAAUGGAAGGAGAAAAAUCCUCACAUUCUAGAUGAGAACGUACCGGCAGAAUUCUCUUCGGCUGCCGCUCGCAUUGGAAGGACUGACAUCUGUGAAGGAUUGGAACUGUUACUACCGAGUUUUGCUGUCCCCAAUGCAGAUGAUGACGGCUUGCCGGACCAAGGAUGAAAAAAGAGCUACAUGAAUUUUCUGAUGUGAAAACCAUAUCAUAAAGUGUCAGACCACAACAGGGGGGAAUUCUUUUGUUUAUAAUUCAAGGUGAAAAUUAAAGGUACACAUGGUUGAAAUUGUAAGUUAUAGGUCAACAAAUGUUAUUCGUAUUAAGAUUCAGGUAAAUUUUCGGACAAGGUGAUUAGGUUGAGAAUUUAGUGAUUGCUGCUGUUAGAAUAAACCAUUGUAGGCCCACAUGUUUCCAAAAAAAGGUGGGUCUGCACUGAUAGGUGUAAGUGCGCCCCGGGUUUUUUGACACACGGCGAAGACACGGGUCUUGAAAAAACACGGGGUUUUAUGAUAGGUGGAACUACGACUACACACUCAAAUAGACGUUUGGUGGCGCCUGUAUCUCAAUUGCAAAUAAACAUAUAUUGUCGUGUUUUCAGCUUUUUGUUAAUAACUCAAAUAGACGUUUGGUGUCGCUUUUCAAAUAGACAUACACUCAAAUAGACGUUUGGUGGCGCUCGUAUCUCAAAUAAACAUAUAUUGUCGUGUUUUCAGCUUUUUGUUAAUAACCCAAAUAAACGUCUAUUUGAGACCAUGCAUUUGACCCCAAGCUGCUGCUUAUAGUCCUUCUUUAGUGUUGAUGGUCAUCCUCUCACACAUAUUUUAGAACAACUCCCUAUGGCUAAUGAUAUGAGACAAGACCACUGUUUACUAAUUUUUAAAGAUUAACUUUUUCUGCCAGUUGGUUGAAACAGGGGAAAUAUCAACAUCUCUCAACCUUGUCCAAAUAUCUUUGGGAAACAUUUCAAUGGAUAACCACGAGUAUAAACUUCACCAGUUACACGAACAACAGUCCGGGAUAUCGUAUCCAAAUUUCAGAUUCACAACCACACACGGUAACUGAAGCGACACGAUCAAACAUGGACAAAUUUAACUGAGCACUAAGCCAAAACCCCAAAGGCUUAAAAAAUCAAUGGUCGUGUCUCGUACCGAGAAGUGUGCUAAAAUGAACCCAGACAGCGAGAAGGGUCUGUUAGCAAUCAAUGUAUGAUAUUGUGUUUUUUAUAACAUUUGCGUAUCUCCUGUGCUAUUUUGUAAAGUUUAAUCUCGUCAUAAUCUGAUCAUAUAUAUCAAAGCUGUCUGUGAAUGUUGUUUACUCCUGUUGAGGUUUGAGUCAUUUUUAUCAGUAUUUAAUGAGUACAUACAUGUAUGUUAAUGGCGUCCAUUUAAAACAUACCAGCAAAAAACAUUGACAUUAAGCUACUAUGAGAAGAUUUUUUAUUCUCACUUCCUGAGAUGUGCUCAAUCAGGCAUCUGAAAAAUACUGUUGUACAUGUUAUUCUUUACAUCUCAGCUGAAAUGUGUUGAGAUUGCGAGCAAUGUGUCCA